AUGUAUCCACCUUACUCAUCAUACUAUGCUGGAUCGCCUCAUUGCAACAUGGGUUACGAGUACCACACAUCUUCUACGACACCACCGCCGCCUGGCUAUGGAUAUUAUUCACCACGAUAUUACACGACAUCUCCACCAAAGACCUCCACACCCAAGCAUACUCGACGAGCGACGCAGGACUACUCUUAUCCUUCGGCCAAGACGACAUCUUACUACUAUCCCGACGCAUAUGGCUACUCCGGGUGUCCGCGCAAGUCUGAACAUGUAAGUUCGAGAGAACGAUACCCUCGCCAAGGGAAGACAGAGUCCGGCGCAAGACGCGCAUCGACGACGUAUGUCUACGCGGACGGCCGCUACUACGCCUACGUGACUAAAGACGAUAUCCCGCCGGCAUACUCGCGCGACCCACGCAAGCACACGCCACCGCCGCAGUACUCCGAGGCUGAUGAACACCCUCACNUAUCAGCACUACCAAUCGACCCUCAGCCUCGGCCAGAACCCCAGCCGCGAAAACAGAGAGCAGCUUCCUACUCGACUCCAAGACAAUCGGUACCGAGGGAUGUGCCUCGCCAACAACAACAUUCACAACCAUCGCCCAAACGCGCCACCGCCACCGACCGCGAUGCACGCGCAGCUGGCAUCCCCGCUGGCUACAACUUCAAGAACUGGGAUCCUAAUGAAGAGCCCAUUCUUCUUCUCGGCAGCGUCUUCGAUGCAAACAGUCUCGGCAAAUGGAUCUACGACUGGACAGUCGCCUUCCACGGCCCCUCAACCCCCAUCACCGAAAUGGCCGGUGACCUCUGGCUCUCCCUGAUCCAACUCGCUGGCAAAAUCAAACGCGCCGAAGAGUGCUUACCACGUAUCCGCCGCCGCGAUGACCGCGAACUCAUCGACGAUUUCCUGGACAGUGGAGAACGGCUUUGGGAAAGGUUUAACAAGCUGUUGAAGGUGUGCGAGAAGCACAUGCUCAAGACUGCCAAGCGCGAUCGUGGAACUGAGAAAUUGUACAUGGGCAACAACUCUGGAAGAGAAUUUGUCGAGACUAUUUUUGGCAGGGAUAGGGAGUUGGAGAGGACGGAAAAGUUGACGACGGGGAUUAGGCUUUGGAGUAUGAGGUUCGAUGCUAACUGUGAGGAUGUUUUGAGGGCGAGUCGUUGA